AUGCAACUAGAUCUCCCACUGCUCAGUGAUGCCUCACUGGUACGACCUAGUGCUACACUAUUCCGAUUCCGGCGACGGCGGCCAAUCUCAUUGAGACUAGCCAACUGCGCAGGAGAUAUUAUAGUGCAGCGCGUGUACGCGCAGACACAACGUGCACUCUCUAUUCCUGUCACUCUCAUGUUCCGGUGGGACGACUGCUCGACACGACCAGUGAGAGUUAAGGCGCAGGACCGACGGCUUUACGUGCUCUCCGAGGCACGGGGG